UGUAUUUUAUUUUUCUCACGACAUGUAAUUGCAUGCUUCACAUUGAGUUGGAUUGUGCUCAUGAACUUCGAUACGAGUGUAUGGUGCUGUAUUAUGUGUUCUACAUUGCUUGUUUAGUACGCAUGGAUUUGAAAAACAUGGUUUUCGCGAAUCUUACUGUUAUGUUUCAAAAACUAACACGAAACAAUACAACAGUAGAAGCCUGUGUUAAAAAUACGUAACGAAAUUUGUAAGACCACAAAUACGAAACCAAGAUGUGAUUACAGCAAAUUAUGUACAGUUUAGUCAUUUCCGAAUAAAUGGGUAAGGCUAGGUGGAGGACAGAAUGUAGAAAACAAUUAUACAUUCAUUUCUUAUCAGUUUGAUUUAUCUGAAACUUGGCUGUAUGUUACAAAACAUUAACAUUAACAACGAUGCAUAUGUGGUUUUGGUUUGGAGAUGAUUUAGGCAGUUUUUUUCUAUCAGGGUAUAAUGUAGUCACAACUUCUGGUUUUAUUUGCACUUGCAUAGGCUUAUCAGCACUUGCAAUAUUAUAUGAGGGUAUGAAGAUUUUACAAAUUAAAUUACAACAAAAUAACAUAGCUCGUAUUAGAAAGCAGAAAACUAUGACAUCAGAAAAUUGUUCGUUGCUUUCUAGACUGUCUUCAAAGUCCAUUAGAAUACAAUUUCCAUCACAGUGUAUGUGUUGGUCCAUGUGGUGUCUUCAAGUAUUUCAUUGGUCUAUACAUACGCUUCUGGGUUAUAUUUUAAUGUUGGCUGUUAUGUCUUAUAACAUAUAUAUUAAUGUAGCUAUUGUGUUGGGAGGAUGCCUCGGGUACUGGAUUUUUGGCCCGAACCUCAUAGAGCUCAAUCUGCAAAAAUUUUAUGAGAAACAGAAGUUAUUAAACUGCGAGGAAGAAUGUGCAGACAAUAUUGUAAAUGAGAGAAUAGGAUCAACUGUUUCCAUUGUUGCUGAACAGCUAGUGACUGAAGCUACCGUUGAAGUUCAUGUGCCAAGAGAUGUAUAAAUCACAAUUAACGCAAUAAGAAAUAGUGUAAUAAGUAGAGAUCUACCUCUUGUUAAGAUACAAGAUAUUUUAUUUUAUACACACGUAUUGUAAACAAAAAUAUAUAAUGUUACAUAAAAAGAAAUUGUACAAAAAUAAAAAAAUAUAUACAAUCUAAUACUUUUUAGAUACAUGUAGCUAACAUCAUAAUGUUAUAAUUAUUUGUAUAGUGGAGAAAAAGGUUUUUAUUCAAAUAA